AUGAACCUGCGCCUAUUGACCCUUGCCCUCGCCGGCCUCGCCGCCGCAAGUCCAGUUGCCAUCCAGGAGAGACAAUUUUCCUCCGGGAACGAACUCCGCGAUGGAGCCUGCAAGCCCAUCACCUUCAUCUUCGCCCGUGCAUCCACGGAGCCAGGGCUCCUCGGGAUGUCCACCGGCCCAGCAGUCUGCAACAACCUCAAAGCCGCCAAACCAGGGCAGGUAGCCUGCCAAGGCGUCGGACCAGCCUACACAGCUGAUCUGGGGUCCAACGCACUCCCCGAGAACACCUCCCCGGCAGCUAUCAAUGAAGCCGUGGACUUAUUCAAGCAAGCUGCGUCGAAAUGCCCAGAUACGCAGAUUGUAGCUGGGGGAUACAGCCAAGGCACGGCGGUGAUGGACGGGUCUAUCAAGCGGCUUCCUGACGAGGUCAAGGAGAAGAUCAAGGGUGUUGUGCUGUUUGGAUAUACGCGCAAUGCGCAGGAGAGGGGGCAGAUUGCCAAUUUCCCGAAGGACAAGGUCAAGAUUUACUGUGCUAUGGGGGAUUUGGUGUGUGAUGGCACGUUGAUUGUGACGGCGGCGCAUUUCACGUACGGGGCGAAUACGGGCGAUGCGGCGCGGUUCUUGCUGGGGAAGUUGUCGACUGCUUGA